AUGUCGGAGAAACAAAGCGCUGAACGAGGUGUCGAUCCAAGCUUCGUCAACAUCGAAAUCGACCUUGCUUCGAAGGAGCGCCCAAGCCACAGCCUUAGCCUUCCAAUUCCGAGCAAACUUGGAAAAGGCGAAGAAGGACAGGAAGAGGAGCUUGAGAAUGUCACGCCUUCAGAUGCGCACCUGGUGCUUUCUGCAAGGAAGGUCUCGCUCUUGUCCAUCUUCAUUUCGCUGGUGCUCGCGAUUCUUGGCUUCAGCAUCGGCUUGUCGGAGAAUGUCCUUUCAGUGCUGGGCUUUGGGAUGGAGGCCAGCUUGGAUGGGAUUUCUUCGGCCCUGGUGAUGUGGCGCUUUAAGACUCCCAAGAAACGACACUUCAGAGAUGCGGAAGCUGCAGCCAUCGCAAAGGAGGCCAGAGAUGCGAGGCGCGAGCGCAACAGCGCCGUGGGCAUCGGCGCCACCUUCGUGGCCUCGGCAGUGCUGCUCUGCGCCUCAGCGGUCUGGAAGCUCUUUGGCUGGGAUCCGGCCACCCCCGAACACGUGCAGGAGGAACGUUCAGGAGCCCUUUACACGUCUUUGUUGGCAUGGCCAUCUGCUGUCAUUUUUGGUCUCCUGGCCGUCUGGAAGUUCCGCUUGUCGAAGCAACUGGGUAGCGAGGUGCUCCGGAAGGACGCCUUGUGCUCGGUGUUAGGUGCCUUGCUGGCUUUGAUUUGUGCACUUGCAGCCGUGCUAGAGGAGGUGGUGGACGGCAAUCCCAAAGCAGUUGCUGUCGUUGAUGCCACUGCGAGCUUCGGCAUUGCGAUGGUCUUGUUCUUCGAGGGUGUUCGAACACUGAAGCACAAUCUCUUCGACUGGGAGACAGAGCAUCAAGAACUUGCUUGA